AUGUCUCCACCUUGCAUGAUCGCCUCUUUCUUUACCCAAUCUCUAUUCAUAAUUGCCCAAAUAAACGAUCCCAGCACUCCUUCAAUCGAACCUAUCAAUUCUCAUCAUCAACAACGACAAGCGGUCAUUGCAACGGCAACAGAAGAGAUCAACCAACUUACAUGUCAAUUCAUGGCGAAGCUCAAUGAGCGUUCGACGGCAAUGGCGAAUGGAGGCAACUUUGAUCGUGCCUUGCGCGAUGUAGCCGUUAUGCAAGCUAUCGAUCCAACCUCUUUUCUUGGCUACUUGAAGGCAGGCGACAUUUAUCAACAACAAGGAAGGCAACAAGACGCAGCAGCCAUGUAUGAAAAAGGUCUUGUGCAUGUAUCAUCAUCUGAUUAUCGUUACACCAACCUCCAAAUGCGGCAAAAAGAUGCACUGGAUGCAGCAAACAAACGCGUCGACUUCAUUAGUCAACUACCUUUGGAGCUCGUUGUAUCUGAAAUAUUGCCUUGGGUGAUCAACUACUUAUACCGGCUAGCAGUGGAUACUCCAUGUCCUUACCUUUAUGUAUCACGCACAUGGCGACAACGAAUCUUGCUUUGCAACAACUUGAGCUUUCAUGCUGAUGGAGUAACCAACAGCGAUGUAUUUCAAUUCCGUGAGCUUGAACGAUUUGCCGAACACGUCAAGACAUUGUUAGUGGAAGCAGGGAGAAGCAAUUUACAUGAGGGUCCUCUUUCAGUUUUCGAUGAUUGCGAUUUCCCAAAUCUCACCCAUGUAACGAUCUGUUAUAAUGGGUAUGAAGAAGACGAUCUCAUGUCUGCUCUUGAAUCUGUUCGCCGAACGAUGACGCAUCUAGUCCUUUAUAUGGAGGGUCAUACAGAGGAAGAUAAUGACGAUGAUUAUGGUACAUCCCGAAUUCAUUUGGGUGGUGUACUCGAUCUGUGCCCUGGUCUUGUAUCUUUGGAACUGAUGUCGUUCACUAUACACCACCUUACAGUGCAGCAUACGACGUUGACGCAACUCACCUUGUCCACUGUUAUCUUCCCGCUUUCGUAUGAUGCGAUGAUCAACAUCCUCUCGCACCUUCCAUCACUCGUGUACUUUGAUCUACACCACGUUCCAGAUUUACGAUUUUUAACGCGUCUUCAUGUAUAUUGCCCAGGGAUGAAGCUAUUGAAAUGCGGUGGAUGCGAUUCUUUUGAUGAAGACAUAUAUGAUCGGCAUGUUCAAGGAUUGCAAAAGUUGCGUUUGGGAAUUGAUGAUGUCGACGAGCAAUUCAACGCUGAUGACCUUGUUCCACUCUUACUUGAAAACCGGCAAUCCAUCGAUCACAUUCGCGUGACGGGAAGACUCAUUGGUGAAAGCGUUGUACGGGAUUACAAGAGCUUGGGUUCAUCGUUGACCUUUGACCGUUUAAAGAAACUUGAGGUCCACGCUGCCAAUGAUCAACUUGCAACACUCGCUCUAUCGAUCAUACACCGAUCACCUAACCUUUGCCAUGUCCGGUUAGGCUCGCAUGCAGCUAAUCGAGAUACCAUAUGGAACGCAUUGAGAGGAUUAUCCAACUUCCAAACACUUUCCACAAGAAAAAUGACGAUGGAUUCGAUAUCGUUUCGCAACAUUCUUGAGCAUCAAGUAGAGCUUGGCAAGGAUUCACUGUUGAAGGAACUACAAGUUGGUAUGGGUGCAGAUGUAUCGACCUUUUCUUGGAUGGAUAUGAUUGGUGGAUUACAAAACGUGACGAAGGUUGCAUUAUUGACAACAACCAUUGAAACACCUUCAGCAUACCUAUCAACAAAUGCAACCAUUGCCGAGGGAUGCCCAUCUCUUUUGCGCCUUGAGUUAUACUUUGGUCGUCAACCAGCACCGGAAGGAACUAUCACGCUCAUGAAGGAUCACCCUACCCUGCAAUGUCUUCGAAUCCAUGCAUCUUCGAUCGCUGAAAGGGAUGUUGUCAAUCUCUUGUCGUUCACCAAGCUCAACAAUGUCAUCAUCAUCAUCGCACCAAUCCAGGACUAUCUUAUCGCGUUGCUCCGUGCCCGUAUCCCACACAUGAAAUACAUACCAUAUUGA